GAGGUGGAGGUGGUGGUGGAGGAGGAGGAAGAAGUUUGACACUUCGUCCGUGUCCCCUCCGCGUCCCGGGGACCGGUUCGCGAUCGUUCAACGAGAAGAAGAAGAAAAAGGCACAAGAGCAAAGGAGAAAAGCGGAGAAUGUUCGCUUACGAGAAAAAGUCGCUGCAGCAGGUGCUUUAGAGGCGCAACUUUGAUAGAGAAAACUGCUGAAUUGUUCCGAGGAUCGGGAUACGUGUAUAUAUAUAUAUAUUAUAUAUAUACAUAUAUACGCGACAACCCCCUCCCUUGAAGAGAGGAAGAAGAGGCUCUUGAAAAAAGAAACACGCAUUAAUCAUCAUGAUCGCGACGAUGUUAAAAGGAUCUACGGACGUAUCCAGGUGGUUGCUUUUAACCGGACUUCUUUCUUGCGUCACCUGUCAGAGCUUACCGUCGUCGUCCUUUGAAAAUAAAACCGAUACCAAUGACAGCAAACCACGAGUUUUCUCCCCAAGGAUGGACUACGACGAAUGGACGCCUCUUGGACGAGGGGAUCCACUAAAAAACAAUCCUACUUUCGAUUACGUUCCACCAGUGUUGGAUCGUGUUCAAUAUUGGUUGGAUUCUCACACAACCGAAGCAUCAGCUAAACGUGAUAUUUUGGUGCUCGGAGUAACGGCGAAGAAAACGAGUCCCAAAAUACCCGAACAAUUCUUGAAAUUUGUCGAUGGCCCAAAGUUUACCAGAACGAAUCAGGACAACACUUACAGGAAUGAUUUCACCGGUAGUAGUGGUGCCGAACCACCUAAAGUUUUACGUACUACUAACUUUAGAAAUGGUCUUGUCGACUAUAGAAAUCAGAAUAGGAUUCAAGCAGCUAGUUAUUAUCCUAGUCCAUAUUAUAAUCAAAAGACUAAACCUUAUACAAUGAUGUUACCACCGCCAGUGGUUCAGAAACAAAUCGAACCCUCGACAGCUUUCAAUGGUAUAUUGUCGAAAGAAAAAAUCACCGGUUACGUCGAACCAUCUCAACAAUUAAGCACUCAAACCGAAGAGGGUCCGGUACUUCAAGAUCCACAAUAUUAUGGAAUACCAUCUAAGAAUUAUAACCAACAUCAUUCUCCUUCGUUGCAACCAUCGAGACCACAAUAUCUUCAAACCCCUUCGAAAUUACCAUCUAAGGGUAUGGGUAUUUCUCAAAUCGAAACCAUUAAAAACGUGUAUACGCCUUUCCCGUCGACAAAACCAAGAUACGAUGUUACCACUACUCCCUCAGUAUCCUUUGAAAAGUCCAAUCUUAUUUAUCAAUCAACUCAAACUAUCUCCGGUGGAUGGUUGGCUAAUAAUGGACCCACUUCAACCCUUCCUGAUGUAAAUCAAGUUACAUGGCAAACGCCCGAUCAUUCGCGAGAUCAUUACGAUACCGAUCAUCACGUGGCAGCUUCGUCCAAUCACGAGGUCGUUAUUGGUCAAAAUGCAAACAUAAUAGUGGACGGUGAGAAUAACGAGAACGAAGAGGUUGUCGUUGGUGAAAAGAGUACACCUCCUUUCGACAUUUUAUCCUCGUCUUCUCCAAUAAUAUCUUCCGAAACGAUGACCUCGAAUUCAACUUAUAACUUUGAUACGAAAAUCGAAGAAAACGAUGAAGAAUCGUCGGACAAGACUUCCCCUAAAAUGCACAUUGUCGUGGCCAAUUCACCUUCCACCGUUGAUCUCGAGGCACAGAAUAAAACUCCUGUUGCUGUUAUCAUGCCAACCAAUUAUAUCAAUAAACAUAAUCAAACGGUCUCGACCGAAUCACCCGUAAUAUCGACGAACGUUUCAGAAAACUUGACUUCGGAAAUGGAAAAAAUUCAACAAUCGUCCAAAUCUCAAAUUCAAACAAAUACGAUGACAAGUUCGUUUACUUUCGCAUACGAUCCGUCUACACCUACGUCGACACCGAAUAGAAUGAUUUCUCAUCAGCAUCAUCAAAUUCCUCAUCAAUCUGUACAAUUAUCUAUGACACCUUCUAGACAUAUGAAUAAUCCGACACACAUGUUUGGAUCGGGUCAAUCUAUUUCGUCAAUGCAUUCUCUGACAAGACCUAAUAAUAAUCACGGCAUGAUGCACUUCAUUGGCAGUAUGCGUCCGAAUGUUGGUUUUCGGCCACCACCGCCUAUGACCAUGUCGCAUAUGGCACCGCACAUGUCGCAUAUGCACGCACCAGGGUUGAAGGGUAUGGUUGGUCCAACAAGUAGCAUCGAUCAAACUCAUCCACGACCACCGCAAAUGCAGUCAGGAUUUCCAGGCUCCUCGUACACAAGUCUCCCAGCACCUUCUACGUUAACUCUGCAAACUGUCGAAGGGGAAGAUGAAAUGGGCAAUCGCUAUCAAUCCAAUAGUCCUCAUGAAAUGACAACAACAUCGACAUCCUCCGUAUUGACGUCCACUGUACCAUUUAUGGAACUAUCUUCCAGUACCAGUACGAAGAAUUCUGAAGGGGAGGAACCAAAUCAAUCAUCUUUAGCAAUACUUUUUGCCGAUGAGGAAAGUUCAAAAAAGAAACCGACGAUUAAACCGGAAUCUACCACUGCUAUACCACCGCAAACAACAACGGUGCCCAGUUUGACAACCGAUCCAAUAUUUUCACAUUACAAACAACCGGCCAAACCUAUUAAAGGUCCGAUGUAUCUAAUCAUUCAAGGCCAUUCUAAAGUUAAAACAUAUAAACCGACGAUCAAUAAACACGGUGUACCGGUUAAUAAUGAAAUUGUGGAUAACGUUACGGAGAGACCUUUGUCGAAAUUCGAACAACUGAUCAUUGAAAAUACGAAAAACGGUAAGGUAGAUAAGAGCGCGGAGGAGAAGAAAAAAUUAGAAGAAAAGAUUCGUGCUGAAAAACGUGCAUCAACUAGCCAAGAUAGUUUGAUGAGUCUUGUGGAAAGCGGAUUAGGUAGUUUUACAGUACCGCACUCCUCCUCUGUCACAGAGACAGAGCAUUUCGGUAAUUCUGUGACCACUGUUGAGGUUAAUGGUAAUUAAAUCGUAUCUAUAUAAUAGAUUUCCUUAUAUCGAUCAGGGAGGACCAACUGAUUAACCCCCAACUACAAUGAUAGAGGAGUGUUUCUUUUUAUGUACUGCGAGAGAGGUUCGGUAGGACAGAAAAGAAAAACAAAAUUAAUUCUGUGGUCUAAAUUUCUGGUAGAAUGUAUUCACAUUUACAAUUAGUUACAGACAGAUAGAAAAUGUUGGAAGACGUGAAGUGUAAUUG